AUGGCGUCCCCCACUGGCGGCUCCCCGGGCCUCCUACUCUGGCUCCUGCUCCUCCAGCCGCAGCUCGGGUGUGGCCAGGUAAAUGCGAAAAUCUUGGGAGGACAGGAGGCUGAAGAUGGGAAGUGGCCCUGGCAGGUGAGCGUGAGGAUCAGAGGCAAGCACGUGUGCGGAGGUUCCCUCAUCACACAGCAGUGGGUACUGACUGCAGGCCACUGUAUUUUAAGCCGUUUCCACUACAAUGUCAAGAUGGGAGAUCGGAGUGUCUAUAAAGAAAUCACAAGUGUGGUGGUCCCCGUCCGAGACAUCAUUGUCCACCCUCAGCUGUCAGUAGUUGGAACCAUUCAAAAGGACCUUGCCCUUCUCCAGCUCCUCUACCCUGUAAACUUCACCAUGACCAUCCAGCCUAUAUGCAUCCCUCAGAAGACUUUCCGGGUGGAAGCUGGGACCACGUGCUGGGUGACCGGUUGGGGCAGAAAAGAAGAAUAUGGUGGCGACCUUAUUACCUCUGUUCUCCAUGAGGUCGACCAAGGCAUCAUCCACCAUGAAAAAUGUAAUGAGAUGAUUCAGAAAGCCAUGAAAACAACUAGGGAUGUCGUACUGGAAGGAAUGCUCUGUGGCUAUAAAGGUGCAGGAAAGGAUUCAUGUCAGGGAGACUCUGGGGGCCCUUUGGUCUGUAAAUUUAAGGACACAUGGGUCCAGGUGGGACUCGUGAGCUGGGGCUUAGGCUGUGGUCGUGGAAAUGUGCCUGGAGUUUAUACAGACAUUGCUGCCUACUCCAAGUGGAUAGUUGAAGUGAUAAACCGGGCUGCCUCUUUGUAUCCAGUGGUGUUCCUCAUUCCACUUCUGUGCCUGGUGCUGCCCCUGGGCAUCCUCGUGGCCCCGUGA